AUUUCUACUAAUUUAUUUAAGUUGUUUAUACUAUAUUUUUUAACAAGCCUAUGAUUUUUAAUUAUUAUAUUGAUUGGUUUUUGAACUAAAUGAUGACAAAAAAAACUGUAAACUAUUACUGUAUUCUUCUAGGUCCAAAAAUGUCAUUUUAUGAGGUUAUUGAAAUUCAUGAAGGCUAUUCUAAUACCAGUGAUAAGGGAAUGGUGGCGAUUUGCACAUGUACCUUGAUAAAAGGAAAAUAUAAUUGUAUUGUUAACACGAUGAUACCUAGCAAUGGCGAACUGAUUUUAAAAGUCUUAAAGGAUCAUCAACUAAAACCAGAAGAUAUACAUUAUGUCAUCUGCACAAAUGGAGAUUCUGGACUUAUUGGAAACAAUCAUUUAUUUUUAGAAAGUACACAUAUUAUUGGUCAUACCAUUUCAAUGAAGGAUAUCUACCAUUCCAAUUCUCUCAUUUAUGAUAGACCUUAUGAGCUUGAUGGGAAAAGACUUCAAUUAUUGCCCACUCCUGGCCUUACUCUAGUUGAUAUUACAGUUUUAGUGAAGACUUCUAGGAAUACUGUGGUUGCUAUUACUGGUGGAUUAUUCGAAAAGAAAGAAGAUUUAACAAACAACUAUAUCUGGCUGUUUUCUCGACCUGAAUGUCCCUCUCUUCAGAGAUAUUACAGAAAUUAUAUAAUGAAUACGGCUAACAGGAUUAUUCCAGGACAUGGAGCAGGAUUUGAAGUUGAUGAUGAUGUCAAAGCUUCAUUUGAUAAUCAUAAUUCGACACACGAAAACGAAAAACUACUAUCCCUGAGGGAUUUAUACAGACUGGGAUUAAGCUGAAGGCACACGGCUAACACUCUAUCUGUUCCCGCUACAAAAGAAGUUCUAAAGAUAUAUAAUAUUACAUCAUCUUUAUAAUCUCACGAUGUGAUGGGAAACUAGGAAGGAAGGCAUAGUACUUGAACAUAUUAUAAUGCAGAGCAUAUUGAGCCUAAUUUACAGAAUUUGACUAUAACAGUAAAAAAUGUAUUACAUUUGCAUUCUUUUAUGUUAUAUAUUCAAACUAUAUUAAUCUGUGACAUAAUAUGAAGUGUAUAUGUAUCUAUUAAUUCUGUUUAAACAUAGAAAAGAUAUGUUUGUAACAUUUAAAAAAUAGAUUUUAUCAUCUCAGAAAAGAAUUAUAUACUUCAACAUACAUACUUACCUAAAGUUUAGUCGUAUAGGCUCUUACAAUACCCUAUCAGUCAUAUUUAAUCUAAAGCUAAAGACUUAUAAAAUUAAUAUCACAUCAUAGAAUAUUUGAAAUCAUUAAAAUUUCAAUGAUUACCAUGAGCUUAUGAUAAAAUUUGAAUUGAAUGAAAUUACAUCAAAGUGAAUCAUUAUAAAUUAGAUCAGUUAAUAAAGAAAUAUAUGUGUAUAUUGGUGUCGGCAUCGAACCUUCGGGUUCGCUAAGCCUUAUUAUUUAUUAUUUAUAUAUAUAUAUAUAUAUAUA